CUAAGCUACAGCAGACAGCAUCUAGGUCUCAAUGUUUGUCAGCGAUUUUAUUAGGGUCUUAAUGUUAUCAAUUUAAUUUCCCAUCUAAAUUUCAAUUAAAAAUAUGAACAUGAUUUACCGACUGUUCUUUUUUCUGUGCUACUUAUAUUUUCUCACGUCUUCAGCAAAUGGUAUGAAACAGAUAGAAGCUAUUCCUGACGCUAAACGACUCUAUGACGAUCUGCUGAGUAACUACAACCGUCUGAUACGACCUGUCAUCAACAACACUGAAUCUGUCACUGUCUGGUUAGGACUCAAACUGACUCAAUUGAUCGAAAUGAAUUUAAAGAACCAAGUUCUAACUACAAAUGUAUGGGUGGAACAGAAAUGGGUUGACUACAAGUUGCGCUGGGACCCAGAGGAGUAUGGAGGAGUUGAGAUGUUGUACGUUCCUUCUGAACACAUUUGGCUUCCAGACAUUGUGCUCUAUAACAAUGCAGAUGGCAACUACGAAGUUACUCUGAUGACUAAAGCCACACUCAAGUACACUGGUGAAGUGAUCUGGAAGCCACCAGCAAUUUACAAGUCUUCUUGCGAGAUUAAUGUGUUGUAUUUCCCUUUCGACCAACAAAGUUGCAUCAUGAAGUUUGGAUCCUGGACCUACAAUGGGUAUCAGGUCGAUUUGAGGCACAUGCAGCAACAAACCGGAUCUAACCUGGUGCCUGUUGGUAUUGAUCUCAGCGAGUUCUACCUCUCCGUGGAAUGGGAUAUUCUCGAGGUUCCGGCCAGCAGAAACGAGGAGUACUACCCUUGUUGUCAAGAACCGUACUCUGACAUAACUUUCAACCUCACAAUGCGGCGGAAGACUCUCUUUUACACUGUCAACCUCAUCAUUCCAUGUGUAGGAAUCACAUUCCUUACUGUCCUGGUCUUCUACUUGCCUUCAGAUUCAGGAGAAAAGGUGACAUUGUGCAGUUCAAUCCUCGUGUCGCUGACUGUGUUUUUCUUGCUGCUUGCCGAGAUCAUCCCCCCUACCUCACUCGCCGUGCCUCUACUCGGCAAAUACUUGCUGUUCACCAUGAUCUUGGUCACUCUCUCUAUCUGUGUCACUGUAUGCGUCUUGAACGUACACUUCAGGUCUCCAUCUACACACAAGAUGUCUCCUUGGGUUAAGAAAGUAUUCUUGCACAUAAUGCCAAGGAUUCUCAUGAUGAGACGACCUCCGUACUCUUUACGAGACUCUUACGAUGAAUCUUUCUCUGAUGGGGGAUACAUCAAUGACGGCGACUUCAGAGACAGUAUCAGUGAUCCUUACCCAGGAGACUCCAAGGAUCCUCAUGAACCCCGAGGUUUUGAGUCCGUCGCCACCGCUUACCGCUCAGCACUGAAUGACGACAGUCGACAUCAACCACAUUCCUCAAUGACUGAGUCUGAGAACACGCUGCCUCGGCAAAUGUCACCCGAUGUGUUGUCAGCUUUACAAGGAGUCCGGUUUAUUGCUCAGCAUAUCAAAGACGCUGAUAAAGAUAAUGAGAUUGUGGAAGACUGGAAGUACAUUUCGAUGGUGCUCGAUCGGUUUUUCUUGUGGGUUUUCACCCUAGCUUGUAUCGGCGGAACUUGUGGCAUCAUCUUCCAGGCUCCGUCACUCUACGAUACUCGAUUACCAAUAGAUCAGCAACUCUCGGAGAUUCCGUUCCGCAAAAACAAUCUUCAUCUACCGGACGAGUUUGUGCAGAUUCAUUACACUGGUGUAUUCUAAGGAGGCGUGAUGGCCAUUUGAUUUAUAAGAGAAAAGUAAUUUACCUCUGUAAGAAUAAGAUGUACCGUAACCUCAAAAGCAACACUUUCAGAAUAACAGAAUUCAACAUUCGAUAACGUAUAUUAGAGAGUUGUUGAUAUCUAGAACCAUUGACUAUACAACCUUACUGUAGUAUUAUAUAGUCAAUUCUAGAACCCCCAGCAAUUUAUUGCUGGAAUGGGGUUUCAAAAAUGCUAUUGUAAGGAGUCCUUGCUUUUGAGAUUUGUCAUUAUAAGCCAACCUUUAAGUUUAAUAGCUUCAAAGAUCAAUAUACCCUUUAGAAAGUAGUGUUUUUUGUUAGAUUUUUUAGGAUAUAUCAUUGUAAGAAACUUGCAAACAGUUAAAUACACUAAACAAUACAUUAACAUACACAGAUUGUAUACAGUAGGAUAUAUAGUAUGAAUUGCUAUAUCCAGCAAUGUUUUUGUUGUUUAAAAAUUGUGUUAACACUCAUUUAACUGUGAUUUAAUAGUAGUUGAUACGUAACUUUGUUGAAUACGUAUGCCAAAGUUGAUAAGUUUGUCUAUUUAAAUGUCUUCCAAAUACAGUAUAUUUAAUAUUCUAUAUUGAUUUGAAGAAUAUAAGUAACAUAGGUAAAAAGUGGUUACUAAUAAAACGAAACGAAGUUUUUCCAUUUCCUGUAAACAAGUAUUAUUGUAUUAACAUCAAGUUUAUUAUAGGUAAAUUUUAAGUUUAUUGCCGCAGAUAGUGGAUGAUAGCCUACAUUUAAGUUACCUAAGUGAGAAUAUGAAAUAGUUAUACUCUGACUUUAGAAGUUAUAGGUUACCUAGAUGCUUAAAGUAUCAUAAGAUUGUUAAAUAAAGUGUAAAGGUUGUGAAUUACUUUUACUGUUUCUACUGUGAUUCUUAAAAACUAUGUUGUUGUAAUGUUUAUUGAUAAGGUAUUUAAUUUUAAGUCUCAAAACAAAAAGUGGACAUUUUGUUAUUUAGAUGGAUGUGUUAUAUAAAGAAAAUAAUA